AUGUGGCAAGUGUCCUUCAUGAGUUCCUUGGAAGGAGAGGACUGCAAGAACGGGAAGUGGAAGGGAAGACAGUGUGAAUGCCAAUCAGGCUACACGGGUCAGCUCUGCGACUCCAUCCUGCAUUCCUUCCCAGGAAUGACUCCUCUCAGCCCUGCAGCCCUCCCUGUGCCCCUUGACCCUUACGAAUUCCCCGAUGUUAUCAACGCCACAGUGGCCGUGAUAGUGAAAGUGAUUGAACGGAGCAUCACGGCUGACAUGAAGAACACAUCCUCCCAGGCCUACAAGAACUUCACAGACCUCUUCGUGAACCAGAUGAAUAAGGCUUACAGGGGUGAUGACCUUCCCCAGUACAAAGAAGUGAUCAUUAGAGCACUUCUCACUGGCAGCAUCGUGGUGGAAAAUGAUGUUGUUCUAGAAGCAAAUUACGCCCCAGAGUACAAGGUAACAUUCAGAAAUGCCACAGAGAUUGUGAGGGACAAAAUCUUGAACGAGACUAGCACAGUUCCAACUGACCAUGACCAGUGCCGAUUUGCCAAUCUGAAAGAGGACAAAUUUGGCUUUGAUAAAGGGUACAGUCUCUUCCGGCCAAACCUGGAGAACGUGGAUUCGAAAACUAAGCUCAACAUCCAGAGACCUGAGGUGGUGAAAUCAGUAACACUACACUAUCACAGUGACUCUGGCUGCACUGAGGGAACAGUGUCAGUCAAGCAUCGGGACCGGAAGCCGCGGUCCGGAAGUGCGGCCUCCAUGUGCGUUGUUACCGGAGGCGGAGCCGAACCGAGAGUCAGCGGUGAUGACGUCGAGGGAAACGUCAUCGCUCAUAGUGUGCGGAGAAUUCGGGGUGCACCAACUGUCAGCCCCACCCCUAACGUAACCGCCACUGACGUCACCGCCACUGACGUCACCGCCACUGACGUCACCGCCACUGACGUCACCACCACUCCUGACGUCACCACGGCCACUGACGUCACCGCCACUCCUGCUGUCACCACCACUCCUGUCGUUACCACCACUCCUGUUGUCACCACCACUUUAGGACCCACCACUACUGCAGUGAAUUGCUUGAACGGAGGGCGCUGGACCGGUGAGCGAUGCGAAUGCCCCAAUGGCUUCGCGGGGGAUCGCUGUGAGACGAGCGUCCCCGUGGUCAACUGCAUGAAUGGAGGCAAGUGGGAUGGGGUCAAAUGUCAGUGCACCAGCCUCUUCUACGGGCCGACGUGCGAGGAAGUGGUGGAGAGCUUAGAGAUAGAACAGACAUUCUCUGCAUCCGUGGAAUCGAGCGUGACAGUAACCAGUCAAAACUAUACCAACAAACUACAGGACAAAAGCUCCAAAGAAUUCAGUGACUUCAAUAAGACAUUCACAGAGCAGAUGGCGUUGAUUUAUGCUGGUAUCCCCGAGUAUGAAGGAGUUAUCAUCAAAAAUCUGAGCAAAGGCAGCAUCGUGGUGGAUUAUGACGUCAUCCUGAAGGCCCAGUAUACACCAGGAUUCGAAAACACGUUAGAAAACAUUGUCAGUGACCUGGAGGUGAAAAUCAAGAACGCGACAAACCUUCAAGUACAAGAUGCUAACAACAACUGUUCAGCUCUACUGUGUUUCAACUCAACUGCCACCCGGGUGCAAAGCAGUGCCACAGUCAGUGUCAAUCCUGAGGAGAUGUGCAAGAAGGAGGCUGGAGAGGACUUUGCACAGUUUGUCACACUGGGGCUCAAGAACAAUAAGUGGUACUGUAUCACGCCUUGCUCGUCCGGCUACAGUACCUCCAAGAACUGCAGCUACGGCAAAUGCCAGCUGCAGCGAAGUGGAGCCCGGUGCCUCUGCCUGUCCACGGAUACUCACUGGUACAGCGGGGAAAACUGCGACCGGGGCAUCCAGAAAAGCCUGGUGUAUGGGCUCGGGGGAGCCGGGGUGGCAGUGCUGUUGGUGGUCCUUGUGAUCCUCCUUGUGUUCUCCGUCCACUUCAGAAAAGAGGCACAAAGGCAAAGGUCCAGAGUGUCCGAGAUGUACAAGUGGGGUGAAGAGGAAGGCAGAGCCUCUCCAGGAGCCUUCCACAACGUUGGCUUUGACCACAACGAAGAACGAGAAAACUACAUCCCCUUGGACUCCGUAUACAGCAACUUCCAGCCUUCUCUAACUCAUAUAAACCCUGAAAGAAAGAUCCAGAUUCAGAGGCCCCAAGUAGUCAUGACAUCGUUGUAAACACUAACAAAAAAGCGGUUUUGCAUGGAUCCGUGGAGCUGAGGACCGAGGAGAAGCACGUUUGGCCGAGCAUGGUGGAACACACCCGACGCUGAGAAUUGCCCGUGGAGACUUACUGGGGAAUAGACCCUGCAGUUAGCAAGAAUAGAUGCCAGAGAGAUGAUGCUGGAAGCUCAGACAGUAUGGAAACUGCAGUGGCUAUGUUAUGAUGGCAGGCGAUACCUCCCGGAACCCCAUCCCCAGAGAUGGUCUCCUAACCCGGGACCAUAUUCAGCACCAAGGGCAGCGCCCCACCCGCGGCCAUUGAUGAUUGUUGUAACAUUGGAUUGCAUUUUACCGUCCGCAAAGCAUGCUUCUAAGAAAGAUUACCUCCCAUCUCCACGACAAGCACUGUUUUUAACACACACUAUCUGUCUUUACAAGGUCAUGCUUAGUUUUAAGUUUCUUUUUGAGACUGGGUUUGAUUAAAGCUUUUAUUUUGUUGCAU